AAGAAAUCACUUGUGGUUGCAUCACUCGGCCAUUGCUUUCAAUCCGCUAUCAAUUUAUUCAAAACUGAGACCAUCUAGAUUUUUUUUGCUCUACUAUUUUUAAAUCUAGAUUCAAUUACUACUCUUGCCGCUCAUUAUUCGAUCCCUUAUCGCGUGAUAUCACAAAUUUAUUCCGUUCAAAGUCAGUGGGAAUAUUAUACGCGUAUCAAUUAAAGUUUAUUACAGAUUCGAUUGGGCUAGCACAGAAAUGGCAAACAAUUUAUUAUUUUCAAGUUAUAUUGUUUUGUUGUUGGCUAUUGGGGUGCAAUUAGGCUCCUGUGCUACAUGGUCGGAGGAUGCAAGCGAUAUUCGACAUCCUGGCAAAUGUGUCAUCCAGGGGCUAAUUUUGUCAGUCGGAGAAGAGUAUGAUCCAAAAGACCAAUGUGUCAAAUUUAUUUGUGGUGAAGGAAGUGUUGCUACAGGAUUCAAUUGUGGAUCUAGAACAAUGAGUAAUUGUGAGGAUUUAGGAUAUGCCGAUGUGUCGAAGCCAUAUCCAGAUUGCUGUGAGAAGAAAUUCAGAUGCUUCCGCAACGGUCAAGAAGAGAUUAUGCAACUUUAGGAUGUAGUGGGGGCAGUGCAAUAAGUUAGCAUAUCUGCAUUUAUAUAUAUGUUAUGUAGCGAUAAGUUAUAAAUGUGUGCAUUUAAAUAUUUGGAGCAAUGAUAGUUAUUGCUAAAUUG